UGAAAUAAUUACACAGACUCAACAUUUUUGAUGUUGAAUGUACAAAGUGCAAUAGAAGAUUAUUUUUUAAAAGUGUUUUAUUCUUUUGAGGUUCUAUAUUUCAUUUUAUUGAAUUCUAAAUAUUAUGAUUUAUAACAAAAUGCACAACCAGUAUGGUAAUGAUUAUUAUUUCCAAAACUGUUUACACAUUGAACCUGAAUUUGAACCUUCAUGAAUUAUAAGAAAGUUAACAAUCAUGUGCACCUGAUAUAAACAAGCAAACAAAUUGAAAAAGUAACAAUUGGAAAUUUUGGUAGUGCAUGUUGAAAGUUUAUGCAUGAUUGGUGCUAUAUAUUGAAUUCUCAAUAUGUUCCAAAACGAGUUUCAAACGGAUUUUAUUUCAAUAUUGUAUGCUCUUCCAAGGACCAAGCCUCUACAGAUAUGGGACGCUAAAGUGAAACAGAAGAAGAGGCAGAGCGAGGAGGAGGAGGAGAAGAAGGGGGAAUGGGGGAGUGUGCAAAUGGUGCACGACGACGAUCUGCAGGCAGCGGUGGUGGAGGUGCGGGGCGAUGGCAGGACCACCUCCAUCACCUGCCCUGCUCCAUCAUCUCGCACCGCCCACCUCCAUCUCGCCAUCACCUUGCCCGUCUUCGUCCUCGUCGUCAAGCACCUUCGCUUUUUCUACUCGUACCAAGUGGAGGUGCUGGAUGAUUCCGGUGUCAAGCGCGUUUUUCGAUUCACCAACACCCAGAACACAAUACGAAGUUAUGGAAUGACAUCAACUAUAAUUCCAUUGCAAUUAGCUGAGGGUUGGAAUAUGAUCCAAGUCGACCUUGCUGAGUUAGUCCGAAGUCAAUACGGCACAAAAUACAUUGAAACGAUACGUGUGACAAUCAAUGCGAAUUGCCGCAUCCGGCAAAUCUACUUCUCCGACCAGUUGUACGAGGAGGAGGAGCUGAAAGACGAGCACAAAUUUUUCUUGCCAAUUCAAGACUGGCUCUGCCGCAUGGUGUCACAACAUGGGAGGAGUACCAUCUUGGAAUUGCACAAAGGGAAGGGGAGUAUCAUAAACGCCCCGAAAUACGGUAUGUGCAGGAAACUGGAAGGUGUUCGUGUGGACGGAUAUGCUCCAAUACGCCGCAGACGCCCCAAAGUUUGUGAAGGCUGUCCAUCGUAGUUCACGAGGUGAGGUGAAGUGAUAGGGAACUCUACCAUGAGACGACGUUCACUUUUCUGGCAGUUGGAAGCAUGAUCUGUUGGAAGCCUGCAUCUGCGGCCUUACAACUGUGGUGCCGCCUCUUGUCUCCGAUCGAACAGGUUGGCUAUUUCCCUUGUCAAAUCCACAUAGUUCCAGCAGCAAACGAUUCGGAACUGGAGAUGGAAAUUCUCGAAAGGUGGACGAAAGCUACACAACAACUGAGCCAGAAUGUGAGGAAAUCAACAAAAAUAACACAAAAAACGGAUCAUAUGAUUCACUCCCCAAGAAAAGUGUCCAUGAGUCCAUUAGUUAUCCAUGCCUAAGCAUUCGCACAAAUUUCACUUUUUUCUAAGUUGUAGAGAAUGCACAGAUCCCAUGACUAUCGACCACAUGCGAGUUAAAGCCAGCACCAAAACAAUUCGAACACACUUCGACAAAUUCUGGUCACUUAUGCCUCUUGAACUUUGAAAUGAAGGGAUUGAAUUCUGCCUCGAUUUACAGGGAUACUUCACAAUUCAUGGAAAGUGGAGAUGCCGAGAAUUUUCGAAAACGUUUGUUGUGGGUUCGGUGAAAAGUUAGACAAGUGCUUCAAAUAAUCACAGCAAAGACAUCUCCAGUUUUAAAGUCUCGAGACUUCAUCAAUAUUUCUAAAUUGUUAACUUUUGAAGUAUUUUAUUAUUUCUAAAGAUUGUUCUAAAAUUGUAACUCUAUUAACAAGGUUGAUUGAAAAAAAAGAAAACGAAGAAAAGUACACUCACACACAAAUGCAAUAAGAAGUUUAAUGAGGUUAUGAGGAAAUUGGACGAUAAAUUAAAAUUGGCUCCAAUUUUACUUUAUGCAAAUCUUACCAAAAUACUUUUUUUAGAAGAAAUAAACUAUAUUUUGGAAUUUAAUCGAAUAUGGCAAGAAUAGAAAAGUAACCCUGUUGCAUUUAGAUUUGAAAGGCUUUUUGGAAAAAUAAGUUAUCACAAAUCUUAUUGUAGAUGUUUUUGACAAUAAAUGAUGUUACUAAAGAAUGAUGUCAUUUACCCAAUAAGCAUCAACACACAACAAAAAUACACAUGAGACAUAUGAAUUUAGAAUGGUUCAAUACUGUGUAGAUUUGGAAUCAGUGUCAAGCCAAAUACAGUAUAAAACUGUUACGUUUAACUUCGUAAUUACAUGUUGUACUAUCAACUUCUUCAAAAAAUCAAAUAGUAUUUCUUACAACCUGCAUUUGAUGCCAAACGAAAAAGUAAAAAAAAAAAGAUCAAACUCCAAAAGAUGAACUUGCAACUAUAAAAGUUGAAUAACACAUUUUGAAUUUAUUUAUUUUCUUUUUGAAGUUUGGUCAAUACUGCAUAAGAUAUCAAAAUAAAAAAGUAAGAUAAGCAUAAUAGUAUCAAUAAAUCACUUUACAAACAUACAUAGUAAAUUCUUUCAACCUUAAAAUAAAUGAAUAUAAUACAUUCUUCUUCAUACAUUAGUAAGAUUGACUGUAGAGUUGUAAGUUCACAAUGACAUCUCUAACAUUAUUUUUGAAAACAGCUGAUCUAUAAAUUUCAGUUUUAAGUCAAAUUAAUCAGUUCAUUUAGCAUUCAAAUUUUUAAUUUAUGUUAAAAUUUAUUAUAAAUCCAUCAAGCACAAAAAACCUGGAAAUAAUAAAAGAGUUACAAAAAAAUUGGCAUCACCUAGUGGGAAGAAAUAUUCCCAUGAAUCUAACAAAACUCAUAAUACUAAGAAUUGAAAAAAUAUUUGAGAUAUAGGUUUGAUUUAGGGCCGUUAUCAAUAGGUUUGCCAGAACCAUUGAAACUACGUCCCAGCAUGACAAAAGAAGAAGAAAAUAAAAGAAAAUAAAAGAAAAAAGAAAAAAAUAUAAUUACAACGAAAUUCUAAUGAGUUUCUUUUUGAAUUUCUUUACCUUCAUUGAUUGUAAGUAUUUCUGUCUAAUCAUAUUAUUAUGUGUACAAAUACAAAAUUGAUGUUGGAUACAACAAUUUUUAAUACAUAUAUACAUAUAAUUGAAGUAUAAAGAUAAGAUUAUAGAAUCUAAUCAAAUGUGUUUCUUCAUAGAUGUUUAGCAUUGGAUUGUUUUACAUUUAAAACUGGAUUAAGAUCUUGAAAAAUAUCAUACUUGGAGUUAUUUUAUUGAAAAAAAUUAAAAUGAAGUGUCAAAAAUACAUCUUAAAAAAUAUAAAUUUUAAAACAAAAUUAUAUAUUAUUGAUAGUGUUUUACAUAAUAUACCUUGAUAAAUGUUUUUGAGCGAUGAUUAAAACUAUGAUCUAUACUAUUAAUU